AUGGCGGUGCCUGAAAGAGAGUCCAAGGCGAAUGAGGAACUGGGUUCUUCCGCGGUGCAGCUCAUUGACUGUGAGCAAACAGCAGAGGAUGUCUUGUCCAACUUUCCAUUCCAGCGAAAACAGUCUAUGAUCUUGUACGUGGCACCGGCGGAACCGAUAAGGGAUAAGAAGGGAAACACUAGCAGAGGGACAAAUACGGGGCCAGGAGCCCAUUUGCCAUGUGCACUGCAGGAACGAAGGGGGUCGGACGAUAUCUCUUUCUGCAUUCCCAGUGCUCCUCAGAUGGGUCGUGCGUUCAUGCAACGUCUGCCCAGCAUCGGUAUGGACUGCACCCAGCCUUAUACUCACCAGGCAGGGGGUGCGCGAGAGCUGAAACGGUUUUCCAAAACCAUCGUGGCAAAGCCGUGCAGCUCACGCGAGGCCUGGUUUUACGAGACAGUAGCUUCAAGGACGAGAUGGCGGCAGCGCGGCGACCUUGAUCUUGCUCGAAGACUUGACAUUGGGCUUCCGAUGCCCCAAAGGAUAAGAUCACUACAACUGGAAGCAUCGGUGCUAGAAUCUGUGGGCUCCGAGUCUACCAGGAUGUUGGAAUUACUGAAACCGAUAGCUAGGAUGAUGGAAUCUGUCAAGUACAGAUUCUACGCUAGUUCCAUCCUCUUCAUCUAUGAGGGCCUGGAAGAACACCCGUCGGACGCUGGGGUGGAUGAAAUGGAAGAACCAGCCCACGAGGAUCACAUUGAAUCGGACGCGCAAGUGGUGGAAAGCAUCGACCCUUCCAAGAAUGUGUCGCAAGGGCAGCAUACGGAUGCAGAUCCGAACUUCGAUUCGGCUAAGAAUGCUGAGUCCAUUCAGAAGGAGAAUCAGGGGCUGUAUGCGCGGAUUGACGAGAAUGCGAGGAUAGAGGCUCGUAUGAUUGACUUCGCUCAUGUGUUUCCGCUGGAGGGCACCAUCGAGCACAGGGAUGAAUCGUACCUGUGUGGUCUAAAGAACUUGAUGGCUGUGCUGGAGGGCAUUGGAGAUGGGCAGGAGCCAUCGAAGAUCAAUAUUCACAACUAUACCAAUGAUGCUCGACUACAUCGGCACUGCUUGUGCGCGAAGGGCCAGUCCGAGCGAGAGGCUCUCGGAGUCCUGGACUCACGUACCUUCGUCAACGACAUUGAGGAGAAUGAAAACAGAGACUGUUCGACUCUCCUGCCAUAAUCCUGGUGAUAACUUGACUUAACUGUGAGUGAAGAAAGGAACUUGCCAUCAAAGCAAAUGGCAUCAUCUCCGCCGGGCUACAACCGGCGAUUGACGACCGCCACCGCCAUGCGGCAGCCUGCUGACUCAGCAGACUGAGCCGCCGCGGCUCGGCCCGGCGUGAAAGGCCUGGGCUAAGUUGCAAUCUUCAAUCAGCCUGCACCGUAAGAACUGGGUUAGCGAGGGGUAAGAUUUGUUGUCUAAGUUAUCAAGAAUCGGAAAGAAAGGUUUUU